AAUCCAAACCACACUUUAGUCUUCAACCUCUUAAAACUCCUCUUUGUUCCAUCUUCCAAGUCAACCGUCUCAACUUGAUCUCAAAGGCUGAGUAUUCAAUCAAACUAGCCUUAAGGUUUUGUUUGUUUGAUCAUUCAAAAAAUGUCCACCACCUACUUCUCCCUCCUCCUCCUCUUCCUCUGCCUCUCUCUCUUCACCUCCCUUACCACCACCAUCCACUCCAAACCACUCACCUCACCGUACCUCUCAUCCACCACACUCUUCCCCAAUUACCAAAAAAUGCUCAAAUCUUUCAAAAUCUUCAUCUACAAACCAAACGAGGCCUUAACUUUCAACUCCCCAGCUGAAUCACUCUUCUACUCGUCUCUUCAAAACUGCCCUUUCGUCACUCAAAACCCCGAAGAAGCUCACCUCUUCUUCGUCCCUUUCCGCUCCACUAUCUCCAUGCGCUCCAUCGGGCGUGUCGUCAAACGCCACAGAGAAGAGCUCCCAUAUUGGAACCGAACUCUCGGCGCCGACCAUUUCUACCUCUCGUGUGCCGGUUUGGGCUACGAAUCGGACCGAAAUCUCGUCGAGUUGAAGAAAAACUCGGUCCAGAUCACUUGCUUCCCUGCCUCUCAGGGCAAGUUUGUCCCUCACAAAGACAUAGCUCUACCUCCAGUUUCAACCUCCCACGCGCCUCACGCGCCGGAAAACAAAACCACGAAGUUUCUCGGUUAUUUCAGACAAGUGAAACUGAAAGAGUCAAGCUUGAUAAAUGAGUUGGUCAACGAUCCCAACUUUCUGAUAGAAUCUGAGCCGUCAGAUCAGCUGACCUAUACGAUGAGACUAGCGAGCAGUAAAUUUUGUUUGUUUGAAUAUGGAGGCGACGUUUCGGGAAUAGGUGAGGCCUUGAGUUUUGGGUGCGUGCCAGUGGUGAUUACUGACCGUCCGAUUCAGGACCUGCCGUUCAUGGACGUGCUGAGGUGGCAGGAGAUCGUGGUGUUCGUGAAUAACAACGGUGGGGCCAAGGAGCUGAAGCGUGCGUUGGGUGACACGGGGGGCAAACGGUAUGAGCAAAUGAAGGGGCUGGGCGUAAAAGCGAGUCAACACUUUGUGUGGAACGAGCUGCCACAGCCGUUGGAUUCGUUUCACACGGUGAUGUAUCAGCUGUGGCUGAGACGGCAUACCAUCAGAUACGCACGGUGGGGUUAGGGAACUGUGGGUCCUAACUUGGCUUGUACGUGGCCCUACUAUGAUUGUUAUAUAAUUGUUGUUGACUUGACUUCCAUGGUGGAGAAUUGGAGAUCACUUCAACCUUUUUUUUUUUUUUUUUUUUUUAAGCAAAAUGUAAUACUUAUUACAACAAAAUGUAGGGUUUGGGAUCUGUGGGUCCUAACUUGAUGUGUACGUGGCCCCACUAUGAUUGUUAUAUAAUUGUUGUUGACUUGACUUCCGUA